AUGAGUGGAUUGUUAGUGUGCCGCAUGUGCUUGGCAUCUGAAGAUGUCAAAUUGUGCUCAUUGUCUAAGUACAAACUUGUAGAAGCUUAUGAAUUUGUUAUUGGAAGUCAAAUCUUAGAUGAUAUGCUUCCAUCAUACAUUUGUAUGUACUGCUCAGCACUUUUACAUAAACUAUUAUCAUUUAAAGAGAUGUGCCUACAAUCACAGGAGUUAUUGAAAUAUUUCUGCAAUGACUUAAAGGAUGGGAAGCUCCAAUUGACAGAACUAAAAAAGCUAUCACCCACUACAGUUAAUCAAUACACAACUAUCUUUACUGACCACAUUAUAAAUAUAGAAUAUACAGAACCUGUUAUAAAAGAAGAAUUAGAGCUAAAGGAAGAAUUUGAGCCAAAAAGAAAGAAAAAAAGAAAGUCGCCUAAAGUGAAAGAACUUCCUUUUUUAAAAAUAGAAGAUGAUGACUUUCAUGAUGAUUUUGAAGAGAAAAAUGAUUGCGAUGAUUUUAAUGUAGAAAUGGUUAUUUUGACUAAACAAGAGCAGAUUGCAGAGAUAGAAGCAAGGAAAGUGUCUGUGAACUAUGUAAAUUCUUUGUACCAAUGUGAUAAAUGUUAUAAGGGAUUUAUUACCGAGGCUACAUAUAAAAACCAUAUGGUCAGACAUGAUACUAGCAGAGGCGAGCAUAUAUGUGAUGUGUGUUUGUGUGUGUGGGGUGAAGCAAAGUCAUUGCGCAGUCACAUGGUCACAGCACAUGAGAGGAAAUAUAUUUGCAAGCUUUGCAACUAUGUAUCUAGGUCUACAAAUCGCGCGAGGGAACACAGCCAAUGGCAUAACGGACGAACCUUUGACUGUAAAACUUGUGGACAGUCAUUCUCAAAGUCAACAAGCUACCUGACGCAUUCCCGCUUACAACAUCCCACGAAUAAUUCUUGUGAUAUCUGUGGGGAAUCUUUCUUAGGGGAGUAUGGGCUUAAUUUGCAUAAGAGGAAGGCUCAUGCCGAUUCAGAUGAGGUGAUAAAUGACAAUGAAUCAUGUGAAAGCUGUGGAGUCGAGUUUGCAAGUAAAGAGGCUGUUAAACGGCACCUAGAAUGUUCUACGAAUGGUGAAUGUACCAAUUUGUGUUCGUGUGUGAAAUGCGGUGAAAGUUUUGAAACGGAGGAAUUGCUGGACAAACAUAUGAAGGAACAUCCUGAGGAGGGUAACAAGUGUCUUGAGUGUAAUAAAAAAUUCGCUAACGAGCGCUCGUUCUCAACACACGUGGAACGUGUCCAUCUUGGUAUCAAAAUGAAACAGACGCCGAAACGCGUGACGCGCGAACGACGUCUCUGUGCUGCCAGAUCUUGCGUUUGCGAGAUUUGUGGGAAAUCGUGUACUAAUAACACAUCGCUUGUGGCGCAUCAGAGAAUACAUUCCGGUGAGAAACCGUUUCACUGUAGCGAGUGUCCCAAGAAGUUUAGUGUCUACCAACGGUUGCAGAUUCAUCUACGUACGCAUACGGGCGAGUGUCCGUACCCGUGUACGCAAUGCCCGAAGGCGUUUAAACACAAAGCUGCGCUCAAUAGACAUUUUAGAGUCCACAGCGGGGUUAAGCCGUACGCGUGCUCGUACUGCGGCAAAGCGUUUUCGCAAUCGAACUCGAUGAAGAUGCAUGUCAACACCGUGCACUUGAAGCUGCCAACGCCUUACAGACGGAAAAAUCGAAAUACACACCCUUUUUGA